AUGCGUCGCGCGCGUCGCGCGCGGCGCCUCGCGCUCGGCGCCGCGCUGACCGCGCUCGCGCGCGUCGCGCUCGCGCGCGCCGACCGCGCGUCGAUCGCCGUCGUGGGGAGCGUGAACGCCGACGUCAUCGCGCGCGUCGGAACAUCGGUCCCGCGCCGCGGAGAAACGCGCGCGGCGACGGCGGCGCGCGUCGAGCGCGCGUGCGGAGGGAAGGGAGCGAAUCAAGCGGUCGCGGCGUCGCGAUUGACGUGCGAGCGCGGCGGGAAGGCGGCGUUCGUGGGACGAUUCGGGGAGGACGAGGCGGGGACGACGCUGCGACGCGCGCUGCGGCGAGAGACGGAUGUGUCCGGGAGCGUCACGAUGGCGCGAGGGAGCGGAAUCGAGACGGGAAUGGGGUUCGUGAUGCUGACGGACGAUGGAUCGCCGAGCGCGGUGGUCGUGGGGGGGGCGAACGCGCUCGGAUGGAACGCGGACGACGAGGCGCUGGCGAGCGAGUUUCGCGAGGCGCUGCGAGGCGCGAAGACGGUGAUGCUGCAGCGGGAGGUGCCGGAACGCGUGAACGUGAUAGCGGCGACGGUUGCGAGGGAAAUCGGUGUGCGAACGAUCGUGCUGGACGCGGGAGGCUCGUUUCACGCGGCGGAUGAGGCGUUGUUGGCGCUCGUGGAUUACGUCGCGCCGAACGAGAGCGAACUCGCGGGAAUGGCGGGAAUGCGCGUGGAGGAGGUUUCUUCUGGGGACGAAGCGGUCGUUAAGGCGGCGAGAAUCGUCGCAGGAACGUCGCGCGUCGCCGUUCUGUGCACGCUGGGGAGUCGAGGAUCGUUGCUCGUGAGAGGCGAAGACGUCACGAGAGUCGAAUCGAUGGAACUUCCGGCCGGCGCCAAAGAAGUGGACGCCACCGCGGCUGGUGAUGCGUUUCGCGCCGCGUUCGCGGUGGCGAUGGCUGAAAAUAAAAACGAGCGCGACGCCAUGAAGUUCGCCAGCGCCGCGGGGGCUUUGGCGGUGACGAAGUUGGGUGCGAUGCCAAGCCUUCCAUUUCGGAGCGACGUGGAUGAAUUUCUUGGCGUUUCA